AUGUCUACCAUCACUGCGAAUGUCAUUCCGCACGCCGACCAGUCCCUUGGCCUCGGCCCGGACAUCAACAUGCCUGCUGUUAAUCAGGGUGGCAUUCUCGUGGUCGCGAGGGAGACCAACCACCUGCCUAAGACCAUCGCCUUCAACCACCCUGGUGCUACUGGCGGCCACGUCGAGCAUCGAAUCAUCAUUACUGUGGACGAACAGACCGACGUCCACACCAACAGGAAGCUGCGAUUCAAUCACGCUGUCGGUCUUGCGGCUUGUCGUCCGACUGGCCACCUGGUUUCUUCUUAG